AUGACAACUCCAAAUCAGUUUGCUUACCGCACACAAAAGGGUAUUGCUAUUGUGGAUGCAUCUCCAGUUUAUGAGCCACUGCAUGGGUUUUCGAGACCAACAGGUAACUUGCGCUGCUGCACUUACUCUCCAUGUGGCCGGUAUUUUGCCUGGGCGGCUCCGGAAGGUGUUGUGGUUGUGGAUCCCUCUGUUGGUCACAUAAUUACUACGCUCCCUGCCGAGAAUGUCUAUGAAUUGGGGUUCUCACCUCUUGGAUCAUACAUCAUCACAUGGCAACGACCUUCGAAAGACGAGAACGGUGACGCAGUCAAAAACUUGAAGGUUUGGAAGGUUGUUCCGGGCCCGCCCGACGAUGACAGCAGCAGCACCCAAGAGCAUACCAGUAUUGGCAGCUUUGUGCAGAAAUCCCAGACUGGCUGGAAUCUGCAAUAUACGCCUGAUGAGAAGUUCUGCGCUCGAGUUGUGACUAAUGAAGUUCAAUUUUAUGAGAGCGGGCAGCUCGGGAAGGUGUGGAAUAAGCUGCGGGUUGAAGGAGUGGUGGACUUUGCUCUAUCCCCUGGAAAGAGUAACUCAAUUGCAGUGUUCAUCCCAGAGCGUAAGGGUAUGCCAGCGUCAGUCAAGGUUUUCAAUGUACCGCAAUUCAACUCUCCUGUUUCGCAGAAGAACUUUUUCAAGGGCGAUAAGGUUCAGUUGAAGUGGAACAACACUGGAACGUCUGUUAUAGUUCUUGCACAGACUGACGUCGACAAAACCGGGAAAAGCUACUACGGGGAAACGACUCUUUACCUCCUGAGUGCUAGCGGAGGAUUCGAUUCGAGAAUCGAUCUGGACAAGGAAGGCCCUAUCCAUGAUGUCACAUGGUCUCCGAACUCGAAAGAAUUUGGAGUUGUCUAUGGAUACAUGCCCGCAAAAACUACUAUCUUCAAUACUCGCGCUGUUGCAACGCAUUCGUUUGCCCUCGCGCCUCGUAAUACCAUUAUUUUCUCCCCUAACGGGAGAUUUGUGAUCGUUGCUGGUUUUGGUAAUCUUGCGGGCCAAAUGGACAUUUAUGAUUUGCAUAAAGAUUACAACAAAGUAACAACCAUCGAGGCGUCUAAUGCUAGUGUGUGCGAGUGGAGUCCCGACGAGAAGUUCAUUUUGACUGCCACUACGAGUCCAAGACUCAGAGUCGAUAAUGGAGUUCGCAUCUGGCAUGUGGGAGGUGGAUUGAUGUACAACGAGGAUUUGACGGAGUUGUACCAAGUGUGCUGGAGGCCCCUGUCUUCAACCUUUCACCCACCGGAAAACCCAUUCCAUCCAAUGCCCACUCCGCAACCUUCUGCGCUCGAGUAUCUAGCAACUAAGAAAGCGCCUUCAAAGCCAUCCGGGGCAUAUCGACCACCCGGUGCGCGUGGGCAAACCACCCCACUGGCCUUCAAACGGGAAGAUGAAGGCGGGGAAAAGUUUGUCAGAGAUGGAUCAUCAUCUUCUGUCGGAGGCAACAGCCUAAAUGGGUUUGGGAAACCUAGACGGCGCGUCGUUCCAGGCGCAGAGUUGGCUGGGGAGUACCUUCCACCUGGCGCUGCACCCGGAGGCGGGGUAGUACUCCCUCCUGGAGCUGAUGGAGAUGAAAAAAUCUCAAAGGCUGCAGCAAAGAAUAAGAAAAAACGUGAAGCAAAGAAAGCAAAAGAAAUGGCGGAGAAGUCUGGUAAUCUGACAGUUGACGCUGCGGCGGAUUCAACUGUUCCCAACGGUCCUAGCGCCGACCGUCGGGAUCGGAGAGCCCACUCUCGCAGCCGUUCUGGAGGAAAUAAUGUUUCCCACACACUUGAUCCCAACAGCUACAGCCUCCAGAAUCGCGAUCGAAGCCGCAGCACUCACCGCAGACAGCGUAGCGAUCAUCAAACUCCCUCCAACGCGCCUCCAACUGGCUCUGCUAGCCAAAAUCGCUCCAAUGUUAACCCCAGUGUCGCAGCCAACGGCACAGCAGCAACCACAGCAGCAGCAGCAGCAACAGGAGCAGCUCCCCCGCCGGAUGUAACAGUCACCUCACCGGUGACUCCUGGAGGCGGCACUGCCCAGGAGAAAAAGAUCCGCAGCCUGUUGAAGAAGAUCCGUGCGAUUGAUGAACUGAAGAUGCGUGUAGCGAGUGGGGAGAAGCUAGAGGAUACGCAACUAAAGAAAAUUCGGACUGAGGACGAGGUACGGAAGGAGUUAGAAGCCUUGGGACGGACUGGUUAG